UCCAAACUGACCCGAGCAUCGAGCAUCGGCUUCCCAGCUCUGCAGACAAGAUGCACAGAUUGUGUGUGUACGUGCUGAUCUCGGCACUGGCUCUGGCUACCUUCUCUGAAGCUUCUUGGAAGCCCCACUACGAGCUGCAGGAUUCGCCCUCGGAUUCAGGGGUCAAUAGGGGCCUGGAGCCACAUUGGCUGGACCAGUUGGGUCCAGCCCCUCACCACCGAAGGCAGAUUAGGCGCCAGAGUCCCCCAGACCUGGUGGCAGAUCUGUCCAAGAAGCAGGAGCCAUGGCUGAAGGAAGAAGAAGCAGCGUAUGAAUGGAUGGACUUCGGCCGCCGCAGUGCUGAGAAAGGGGAUCAACGUCCCUAGAACCGAACUUCAGAGCUCAGUUACCUCCCAGCCCAGCCCGGCCCCAUGAAAAACCAAUCAAA